AUCACUUCCGCAUUGUCACGGUUUUGGAUUUGGAGCUGAUUUGGCUCAUUCAGAUUUUAUAAGAAAAUGACUAAAGUAAAAGAUAAAAGACGAGAGAAAAUAAGCGUCGCUACGGAGAUUGACCGCUUGGAAGAACGAAGGGCACGUUGCCAGGACAACCUGGAAAGGGCGGAGUUCAAGAGCAGACGAGACAAGCUGUCUGACAGGGAAAGACAGGCACUGGAAGAUGAAAUGGCAAUAAUGAAUGAGAGGGUGCAAAAAUUAGACAAAGAGCUGGAGGCUUUAAGAGGAGAAAAUCGGAAGAACAUGCUGCUGUCCGUUGCUCUGCUGGCCGUGAGCGCUCUCUUCUACUACAUCUUUAUCUAUAGUCAAACAGACUCCUGAUACCCUGAGGGAUCACAAAUGGACUUCUUGCCCCUGAACAUGAGGAAACAGAGGAGAAAAUACCCGAGUUCCGCCUCCAGGGGGCGUCUUCAUCACACAGAUGGUCUCUUGCUCUCUCUGUCAGUGCUGAAGAUGUUCCUCACCUCAUGUCUUACUCCUUUCCACCUGAGAUCCGAGUGAGGAGUUGAGGAGGAGACUCGAGGACAACAGGCAUUUAACAGAGUGAGACAUCCUCACCUCGGUAAACCAUCACUUUUAAGAAAUCCUGGUGAAAUAGCCCGUGUGGAACAGCUGAAUCAUCUGUUUGUCGUUCAGUUUCAGUUAUUGGUGUAUUUUAUCAUCUUCAGAUUCAUGUAAACUCAUGAGUACCCCCUUAAGCCCAGUUUCCCCCAGUGGCUGCAGUUUCAUCUGUGUUGCCAUGGCAAUGCUUUAGCAAUAUACACAUUAUACACAUAUAAACCUAUUGUCAGACAACACAACCGAACAACACUUACAUGGGCAAAUAUCAAAACCAAGCUGACGGUCUGAGACCAGUAUGUGUUUAUGUCUUGAAUAAUUUGAUAAAACAGACCAAUGAGACAAACUUUGCAGCGCUAAGCUAAGAGUAAGCAGGUCCAACUGUACAAGUAUUAUUCCUCUACUGAUAAAACUCACUGAACGAGACACAGAAUAGCAAAAAUAAAGGUCGGGUUAUGAAGUAAUGAUUAGGAAUUUUGUCUUACCUUUGCUGUUUUCUGCUCAUAAUUUGGUUGAAAUGGAUGAAGCUUUUGCUAUGGGCUAAUCCAUAGCUUUGUGUUACAUUGAAAUGAUUCCCCCUAGAAACAAAUGGAGUUUAACUGGUUAACUUUAAUUCAACAUCAUGUAACACUGGCUUCAUUACACACACAAGUUUGAGCACACAUUUGAUCAUUUUACAAACUACUACAAUGUCAGAUUGAGGUUAGUUUUGGGAUUUUGACCUUUUUUUUUUUUUUUUUUUAAAAAAAACAACUUUAUAAUUUUAUAAGCAUGAUUUACAAUGGACCAAAAUGCAUUAAUUACACAGGUUGUUAUCCCCCAAUCCCACCCCCUCCCCUCUUCCAAGUGGUACCCCAUAAAUACAAAUACAAAUAAAAGUGAUGAUAAUGUGUUUUUAAGACCUACUCCAACUGUGGCUUAUACAGUCAUGGAAAAAAUGAUUAGACCAUCAACAGUCAUCAAAAACAAUGGUUAUGCAGUCAAGUCCUAACUCCUGCGUGUAUCGUGACUAAAAUAGACAGAAAAGAAA